AUGGAAGAAGUAGCUGUUAUUGCUGAUGCCGCAGGACCUUCCAAGUUCUCCCUCCUACUCCCCUCUCACCAAGGAUUCAUGAUGAUCUUCCAAAACCGGCCGCUGAUUGUUGCGUUUAUCUCCCUCUGGGUCGCGCAAUUCCUCAAGCCUUUUACAUUAUGGCACUGGGAGAAGCGAUGGGAUUUCAAGCGAAUUUUAGGAUCCGGCGGCAUGCCCUCGUCGCAUUCGUCGUCCGUCAUGGGUCUGGCGUGCGCUGUCGCCUUCCAAGAAGGCACGGCCAGCCCGUUAUUCGCCGCGUGCCUCGUUUUCGCCGUCGUUGUCAUGUAUGACGCCUCGGGUGUUCGGCUUCAGGCAGGCCGGCAAGCAGAGGUCCUGAACCAGAUCGUGUAUGAGCUGCCACCAGACCAUCCCCUGGCUGAGUCUCGGCCUCUCAAAGAACCCAUUGGACACACACAGCCUCAGGUGGUGGCAGGAGCUCUUGUGGGGAUUUUCGUGGCUUACUUUAUGCACCAUUUCUAUCCAACAGCCACUGCAUCCUUUCCGAUGUGGAAGCGCCUUGCAGAAGCCGCGUCAGCGGCAUCGCGACGAGCGGUGGCAUGGCGGGUGGAAGAGCUGCAGCCGCCCAGUGAGCGCGUGCUGUUCCACUUCGCGAGGGCGGGCGCUCGGGACGAGCGGAGCGGCGCGCAGGGCGCGAUGGACGCGUGGCGCGUGUAUUCCGACGCCAUCUACGGCGGUUCGUCAACCGCCACCCUCGCCCAUGCCACGUUCGGCAGCGCCGAGCCUGCAGGGUCGGGCACGGAGCUUUCAGGCAUGGGCGGGAAUCAGGGGCGUGGAGACAUGACGGGCAGAGAGAGAGUGGAUGGCAGAGCAGGGAUAGUGCACCCACCUCACCCACCCACCCAGCACGGCUGGGAGGCACGAGCUAUGCGCCGGCAGCAGCACCAUCACUUCCAACCUCCCUCCUCCUUUGGUGAGUUCCUUUCCCCGUCUCCUGCCUUCUCCCCUCUCUCCUCCCUCUCUUCUCCCUCACUCCCUUCUCACCAUUGUGCUAGCAACGCAGCUGAGCGUGCUAGCAACGCAGCUGAGCGUGCUAGCAACGCAGCUGGGCGUGCUAGCAACGCAGCUGAGCGUGCUAGCAACGCAUCUGAGCGUGCUAGCGACGCAGCUGAGCGUGCUAGCAACGCAGCUGAGCGUGCUAGCAACGCAGCUGGGCGUGCUAGCAACGCAGCUGAGCGUGCUAGCAACGCAGCUGAGCGUGCUAGCAACGCAGCUGAGCGUGCUAGCAACGCAGCUGAGUGUGCUAGCGACGCAGCUGAGGGUGCUAGCGACGCAGCCGAGCGUGCUAGCGACGCAGCUGAGGGUGCUAGCAACGCAGCUGAGCAUGCUGGCGACGCAGCUGAGCGUGCUAGCGACGCAGCUGAGCGUGCUAGCAACGCAGCUGAGGGUGCUAGCAACGCAGCUGAGAGUGCUAGCAACGCAGCUGAGCGCGCUAGUAACACAGCUGAGCGUGCUAGCAACGCAGCUGAGCGCGCUAGCAACGCAGCUGAGCGUGCUAGCAACGCAGCCGAGCGUGCUAGCAACGCAGCUGAGCGUGCUAGCAACGCAGCUGAGGGUGCUAGGAAAGCAGCUGAGGGUGCUAGCAACGCAGCUGAGGGUGCUAGCAUCGCAGCUGAGGGUGCUAGCAACGCAGCUGAGGGUGCUAGCAACGCAGCUGAGGGUGCUAGCAACGCAGCUGAGGGUGCUAGCAACGCAGCUGAGUGUGAACAAGGCUCAAGGCUCAAGGCUCAAGGCUCUCGGGUUUCCAAGGCUCUCAGGGUCACAGGGGUUGUGAACCGGGGCCAGUUCACAGGGGUUGUGAAUUGGGGCCAGUUCACAGGGGUUGUGAACCGGGGCCAGGUCACAGGGGUUGUGAACCGGGGCCAGUUCACAGGGGUUGUGAACCGGGGCCAGUUCACAUCUCAAGGCUCUCGGGGCAGCUUGUCCCGACACGUGCGGGGGGAGGAGCAGGGGGAGGGUGUGGAAGGUGGAGGGCAGGGAGGGCGGGGAGGGCGGCUGCUCAAGGGUGGCUUCGCUGGCAUUCGAACGGUCGAGGUGAGCCAUGGGGUUCAGAUGUGCCGUUGA